AAAAAAAAACAACCAAAUGGACUCAUCGGAUGAUGAAGGUGAGGAGUACCUUUUCAAGAUUGUUAUCAUAGGUGAUUCAGCAGUAGGCAAAUCUAAUUUGCUUACAAGAUAUUCAAGAAAUGAGUUUAAUUUGCAUUCAAAAGCAACUAUUGGAGUUGAGUUUCAGACCCAAACACUUGAAAUUGAUGGUAAAGAAGUUAAAGCACAGAUUUGGGAUACUGCUGGUCAAGAAAGGUUUAGAGCUGUUACUUCUGCUUAUUAUAGAGGUGCUUUUGGUGCUCUUCUUGUUUAUGAUAUUUCAAGAAGGACCACUUUUGAUAGCAUACCUAGGUGGCUUGAUGAACUUAAAACUCAUUCUGAUACUACGGUUACAAGGAUGCUCGUGGGAAACAAAUGCGACUUGGAGAACAUAAGGGCUGUGAGCAUAGAAGAAGGCAAAAGCCUGGCAGAAUCUGAAGGAAUGUUCUUCAUGGAGACAUCUGCCCUCGAUUCAACAAACGUAAACCAGGCUUUCGAGAUUGUGAUUCGAGAGAUCUAUAAUAGUGUUAGCAGAAAGGUUUUGAAUUCUGACUCGUAUAAAGCGGAAUUAUCUGUCAACAGAGUUAGCCUGGUCAAUGAUGGUACCGAUGGAUCGAAAAAAAAUAAGGGCUAUUCUUGUUGUUCUAGGUGAUUUAUGUUGUCCUCUUUUUUUUGUUACCCUAAAGUUUACAAGAACAGUUAUAUGAAUGGUUCAUUAAAUUAUUUUUCUUGGUCUUACUGUUUAUUGAUUUGUUAAUGGUCAGAAGAUAUUUGUAUUCUAAAUGGCAGCUGAAAUGAAAAAUGUUUCUUUUCUCCAA